AUGGGCCGGAUAUUUCUGGAACAUAUUGGUGGCUCCAGAAUGUUUUCUUGUGCUGGCUGUGAUACAAUAUUAACAAACAGGAAUGAAUUGAUCAGUACAAGAUUUACUGGUGCUACUGGACGUGCUUUUCUCUUCAACAAAGUUGUUAAUUUAACUUAUAGUGAAGUACAAGAUCGAGUUAUGCUAACAGGACGACACAUGGUUCGAGAUGUGUCAUGUAAAAACUGUGAAGCUAAACUUGGCUGGAUAUAUGAGUUUGCUACUGAGGAAAAUCAGCGUUACAAGGAAGGACGUGUAAUACUUGAACGAGCUUUAGUUACAGAAAGUGAUGGUGUUGAUGAUUAUAUUGGAAAUCAUUAA